GACAUGGCAACUAUAUCCUUUUCCAAGCAAGCAAACGGGAAAUGACUAAAAUGCGAGUUGCCUGAACGGGGCCGGUACAUUAAGCAACUGCUUUCUGGAACUCGCCGUCACCGGGCUUUUUUGAAUAUAUAGUAGAGCAGAGGAGAAGAGGGGCGUUCUAGACUUCUAGGCUUCUACCCAUCCGGCGCCGGCGGGCCAAUUGAUCCAAUUUCUAGUCUACCGCCAAAAUUCGAAUAGUCUGUUGUCCAGCUUCUUCCCUGCGUUAUCUGUUAAGUUCUCUCUGCACAUGAAAGCUACGUAAUACGUAUCAUUUUAUUCAUGCUUCAACCUCUUACUCCUCCUCCUCUUCUCUUUCCUCUCCUUCGACAACUUCAGAGAACACAAAUAACUUUCCAAUGUCUCAGAUCAUUUUCAUCUGCCUCUGCCCAAAAACCCAAGUGGAACAUAAACAGCAAUUUGAUGAUCACAAACCCAGUUCUCUUAACCAUGGAAUCCUGCAACUCGAUGUCAGAGUUGAAGCAAAUCCAAGCCCAUAUGACCCGAACUGGACUCAUUAUGCACCUUUUCCCGGUAAGCCGGGUCUUGUCCUUCUGUGCACUCUCCGACUUCGGCGACAUAAACUAUGCCAAGAUCAUCUUCUCCCAAAUCGCCGAGCCCAAUACUUAUAUUUGGAAUACAAUGAUCAGGGGCUACUGUAAGGCCAAGCUUCCGAAGUUGGGCUUACCUUUGUUCCGCCAGAUGGUCCAAGAGCAAGUUGAGAUGGACAAUCGGACUUUCGUCUUUGCUCUCAAGGCUUGUGAGCAGUCUCCUGGAGCUGUUGAGGGUGAGCAGCUCCAUUGUCUGAUUAACAAGUUGGGUUUUGAUACGAAUUUGCUAGUUCAGAAUGGUUUGAUCCAUUUAUAUGUUAGAUAUGGGUUUUUAAGUUCUGCUCGUCUUUUGUUUGAUACAAGCUUUGUAAGGGAUGUUGUUUCUUGGACCACUAUGAUCGACGGGUUUGCCCAGAAAAAUCUUCCCAAUGAAGCUCUGAAUCUCUUCUACGCAAUGCUAUCGAGCGGCAUUACACCCAAUGAGGUUACUAUGAUUACAGUGCUCUCUGCCUGCUCACAGAUGGGGGAUAUUGGACUAGGAAAAAUUGUUCAUGAAUAUAUAGAGAAGAACAGGGUCAAUUGUAACCUAAAUUUGUUGAACGCUUUGGCGGAUAUGUAUGUAAAGUGUGGUUGCUUGAACACUGCAAGAGAAAUAUUUGAAAAGAUGGAAGUUAGAGAUGCCUUCUCAUGGACGAUUAUGAUCAAUGGUUAUGCAAAACAGGGGGAUCUAAAUUUUGCAAGAAAAUUGUUUGAUGAGAUGCCUGAGAGGAAUGUGGUGUCUUGGAAUGCAAUGAUUGCCGGUUAUUCACAGAAUAAUCAACCUAAUGAAGCAUUGGAACUGUUCCAUGAGAUGAAGGAGUUGGGUGUGGUGCCAAUAGAGAGUACUCUUGUUUGUGUUCUCUCUGCCUGUGCUCAAUCAGAAUGCCUCGAUCUUGGUCGGUGGAUUCACCAACACUAUGUUGGUCAGAAAAGGAUUCAGCCCAGUGUUAUUCUGACAAAUGCAAUUAUAGAUAUGUACGCUAAAUGUGGGGAUAUUGAUGCAGCUGCAAAACUCUUCAAUGAGAUGCAAGAUAAGGAUUUAGUGACUUGGAAUUCUAUGAUUGCAGGGUAUGCGGCUCAUGGAUAUGCUGACCAGGCCCUUGGUCUUUUUGAGCAAAUGAGGAAUUUAGAAUUAGUGCCUGAUGAUAUCACUUUUGUUGGUGUCCUAUCGGCUUGUAGUCAUGGGGGGUUGGUCACCCAAGGUAAGAAAUAUUUUGAGGACAUGAGAGUAGAGUAUGGAAUAGAACCCAAGGCAGAACAUUAUGCAUGCAUGAUUGACCUAUUAGGACGAGUUGGACUUGUGGAAGAGGCCAAAGAGUUGUUAAAGAGAAUGCCCAUGGAGCCAGAUGAAGCUGCUUGGGGUGCUCUUCUUAAUGCAUGUAAGAUGCAUGGGAACGUGGAGUUGGGUAAGCUUGCUGCAGAUAAACUUCUAGAUUUGGACCCUAAAGAUAGCGGGAUUUAUGCCCUUCUAGCAAAUCUGUAUGCUUCUAGGAGAAGAUGGGAUGAUGUGAGGAUGGUCAGAAGUAUGAUGAGAGACAGGGGUGUCAAGAAGACUCCUGGAUGUAGCUCCAUAAAGAUAGAUGGUCAAUCCUAUGAGUUCUUGGUUGCUGAUAAAUCGCACACAAGAUCUGAGGAGAUAUAUGAAACGUUGGAUGUCAUGCUUUUGUGGUUGAAGAUGGAAGGCUAUGUACCAAAUACAUCCCAGUUAAUGGGUUUGCAUGAGGUUAAUGAUGCUUUCCUAAACACAUGAUUUUUACAUUGAAGAUCUCUACAUCCACCCAGUUAAAGCAGGUUUAGUUCCCAUCAAGCAUCACAACCAUGGAGAAUAUUUUAGUUAGUAGUGAAGUUCAUAUUUGCUGAUUCUCCAGUAAGCUACUUCAAACAGGAAAAAAAAUGAUGCAGCAGAUGGGAACUGUUCCAGAACAAUAUGAAAUAUGAGGUCACAAGGCAGUUAGCAAGGAAUUAAAUUCAUAUUUGCUGAUUCUCCGGUAGGAUGAUGGUGCAGCAGAUGUGAAUUGUUCUAGAACAACAUGAAAGAUGAGAUCACAUGGCAGGUGGUGCCUCUGCAAACCAAAUUUUUUUAAUUAGUGUUUAAGUCACAGUUCUCUAUGCCAACUGCAACCCACCUCCAAGUAAUUAAAAAUCAAUUUGGCAAUGGCUGUCAUCAAUAAAUACUAAUUCGUGCCUUACUGGAACCAUUGGGAGGUAUGUCCAGAGGAUGGAAUCAGUUGAUUGUUAUGGUUUGAUCCCUAUUGUUGAUUACAAUUUUCUAUGACAUAAAAAAAUUUCAUGAUGAGGAAGAAUGUCAGAUAUUCUAGAUUACUGAUGAAAAAAUGUGGGAUAUUCUAGAUGCAACAUCUAUAGCCAUUCUUACAUGAGAAUAAGAGAACCCCCGGAGGUCUUGAGGUAAAAACAAUCAAUCAGUUGGAUAAUCAAACUAUCAUCACCAGACUCUCAUCAAGACUAUUCUGAUACCACUCGUGAAUGUCUCUCUCGGGUGAUUUCUUAUCACCUUUCUUAUUGUAAUCUAUUUUCUUUUAUGAAUUUAAUUCUUAUUCUUCAAAAAAGAAUCAUUCUCUGACCAUAACAAAGAAUGAGAUAGCUC